AUGUCGCAUCUCGGUGUGAAAUCACUUCAAGUGGAUGCUUUUGAGAAAGCCGAUCGUUUGCGUAAUUUAUAUGCAUCGCAUAAUCACAUUACUGAUGCAUUUUCACUAGAAAAUGAUUUAAAUGUUUUGAAUAUUGCUAAUAACAAUCUUCAUGCAUUGAGUGGCAAUUUUUUUCAAAAGCUUCCACGCUUGCAGAAAUUGAAUUUAUCUAACAAUCAACUUUCCGAAAUUCCCACCAAUCUUUCGCGUCAACUAAGCGAAUUCCGUGCGUCACACAAUAAAAUCACCGAAAUCUCAUCCGAUGUGUAUAAUGGGGGAGCCUUAUUGGGGCCCUGGACAAAAGCCACCAUAGAAGAUGGUGACCAUG